GUUUAUUGUUAUGUUUGAAUAUAAAAUAACAUGAUCCACAAAAGUUGUUUUCAAUAAUAUAUUUGGGAUAUAGCGAAAAAGUUAUUAAAAUCAGAGUUUUAAUAUAUAGAAAAAUGAUGGAGAAUAAUCCCAGUGGAUUAAAAACCAAUAUCCACGAAAUGCCGCCUCUAAGUGAUUCCAUAUCAGUAACAAACCCUAAAUAUCUUCCAAGAUCGAAAGGGAUCAGAAAAGACGUAGUAAAUAAUACUAACCAUUGGCACAGAUUUGUAGUUUAUAAUACAGAAAAUUCUUCUCGAAAUGAAGUAUUAGAAGCUAUUUUGGACCAUAUAUUUCCUCUCGAUUUAAUACCGGUGUCUUACUGGAAGAACAAAAACACAUCCUAUUUUUUGGCCAGGAAUUGUGGGCCUGCUAUCGAGAAAUUGUGUAAGAACAAUUUAAUUGUUUGUUGUAAAAAAACCAACUCUCUUUACAAGCUUUCUAUUACAAUAAAAUUUACAACUACUAAAGAGUUUAAAAUAGACGUGCAGAAAAAUGUAAGCAAAGUAUUGUCAAAAAGAUACAAUACUGUAACCAGAACAUUAGAUCUAAGGAAUUUUCUGGAAGAUCCUGAUCUAAUUGAAUACUGCGCAUUGUCCCAGCCCAAAAUAUUGUUUUUUGUUUUGCAUUUAUCGAAAGCAUUAGUUCCUCCACCAGACAAUUAUAUUCUGUCGGAUAAUAAAAUUAAAUUAUUUUCUGCUAUAGACGCUUUUAACAAAAUUAAAUCGUUGGAUUUAUCAAAUAAUCUGAUCGAAAAUUUUAACGUUCUGGCCGGAUUGAACUCGCCCAAAAUCAACGAAUUGUAUUUAGACGGCAAUCCACUGUGCGAUAAUUUAACUAACGCAGAAUAUAUCUCGAAUGCAACUAGCUGUAUAAACGGCUUAACAAUCUUGGACGGAGUUCCAAUAAAAACGGGCAGUCUUCCCUCCAAGAAAAAACUAUUUUUGUGCAAUCCCGAAGCGUUAGAUUUGGUGGAUCAAUUUUUGGAGCGUUACUUUUUCAUCUACGAUUCGCAAAAUCGCAAACUCAUACAAGAUCUCUAUCACAAACAAGCUUUGUUCUCGCUUAACUCGGUCUAUCACAACUCGCAAUUAUCUUCUGCCACAACCAGGAUACACAAAUACAACCUCUUCUCGCGGAAUUUAUACAAAUUGGCCGAUAUCUUACUCAAUCAUAAAAAUUUGUACAAAGGUAGUACAACGAUAGUGAACAUACUAAAUAAUCUCCCCGCCACCGAGCACGAUCCUCUUUCUUUCCUAGUCGAUCUCAUCUACUACACUCCAAAAUGCGCCGUAAUCGGUGUGUCGGGAACGUUCCGGGAAUGUCCCGAAUCGCUCUUAGAUUCGGAGAAGCUGUACGGCUUUCGCAGAACCUUCACUCUGGAAUUAAACAAAAACGGCUUGUGUUACAUAACGAACGAAGAAUUCCACGUGCACAACGCCUUUUCUUGGCAAAUACUGGAAGGAUUUAAAAUAUCCAAGCCCAUCCUUCCAUCGACUUUGAACAUGACGCCGCAGACCGAAGAAGACCACCAGACGGUCAUCGAAGGUUUAAAAACCAUUUCAACAUUAAAUUCGGAGUGGUCCAAAAAGUGUUUGGAAGAGUGCGACUACGAUUUGAAGAAGGCCUUGAAUCUUUUUAUUAAUCUUUAUAAGCAAAAUCGAAUACCACAGGAAGGAUUCGAAACUGCCAAGAAAAAAUCCGAUGCUAAUUUUGAUAUUUACAGUUAUUAGAUUGUUUUUCACAAUCACUCGUUAUUAUUUCAAUUGUAUU